AUCGGCGACGGGAGGCGCGGGCUCGCGCACUGGAGGGGGAAGAUGGCGGAUGAGGAGGUGGUGAAGGAGCCGAGUGACGGCCGAGGGGAGUUAGCCGGCGUUUGGCUGGAGCCCGAGCAAGUCGUCAGGAUUUGGCAGGAAGGAGUUGAUCUGUGUUCUGGAAUAUACCGAUACUUUAUGGAAUAUGUCCCUCCAGUACGCUAUUCAGGAUCAGAAGCCAAGUUACCUGAGGAGGAACAGGCCUAUCAUGUGAUACUCCAAACCCUGGAAUGGUUUCUCUUUGGAGAGUCCCCUGAAGCUGGUUUUGCAAAGCUGGAACAAAAUAAUACUUCACAAUUAUGUGGCCGAGUUUUCAAAGGAGGAGAAACUACAUAUUCCUGUCGAGACUGUGCAAUAGAUCUUACUUGUGUACUAUGCAUGGACUGUUUCCAAAACAGUGUUCACCGAAAUCAUCGGUACAAGAUGAAUUCUUCCCCUGGAGGAGGUUUUUGUGACUGUGGUGAUAUUGAAGCCUGGAAGACUGGACCAACGUGUAUAAAGCAUGAACGCAGUCCAUCUGAGGACAUAAAGAAUCCUGCAAGCCAGUUACCUGUAGGUAUAGCUGAACGAGCCCAAGACUUGUUCACUAUUAUAUUCAUGUAUAUUGUGGACAUGCUGAUUUGGACAGAGGACAAAGAGCUGCCUUCAAGACUGCAACCAAGGGAGAAGUCGGACUCCUAUUUCUGUUUGCUGUUUAAUGAUAAGCAGCCUUCAUUUGACCACGUAAUUUACUUGCUCCAGCGGGCAUUAGACUGUUCACAAAAAGAAGCACAGAGUUACACAACCUUGAUAGAUAAAGAGGGUCGUAGAGCUGUAAAGCAUGGAACAUUGCUUUCAUGUCAAGAAACAAAGCUUGAAAUUUUUAAUAUUUCAAACAGUGUCUUCCAGUCACCUCUUCAUGUUGAGAUUCUUCACUCAAGUGUUGUAUCCCAUCAGGCAUUUGCUUUACGUCUUCUCUCCUGGCUCAACCACCUUAUUGGUCAUUCGGCUGGAUUGCGUCAAAUUUUCUGUGAAGUUGUACUUCACCAUCCUCCAGGCUCGAAUCAACCUUGCCUGGUCAGCAAAUUGAUGUUAGCUGACACCAAAUUGUGGAAAGGAGCUCGCAAAAUCUUCCAUGAAUUAAUAGUGUGCAUUUUGCUGAUGGAAACGGAAUACAAGCGACUCUUUGCUGUUGAAUUUAUCACACAUUACAAGCAAUUGCAGCUUAAUUUUGUGGAGGAUGAUCAUGAUCGAAACAUAACUGUGACUGCGCAGUCUGUGCAAAUAUUUACUGUUCCAACACUGGCUCGUUACUUGAUUGAAGAACAUGGUGCACUAAGAAUCAUCAUCGAGACCAUAAUUGAGCUGUUUUCUGAGCACAUGGAUAAUGGCAAGCUUCAUUUUCAGAGUAACUACCAGGAAAAAUCACUCAGGAAACAAAUGGUCUUUUAUGAUCUUAAGUAUGUGUUAAUCAGUAAACCACCUCUUUGGACAGACCGGCAGAGAGAACAUUUCCUAGAUGGUUUUAGAACCUUUUUGACGCUGUUAAAAUCAAUGCAGAACAUGGAGCCAGUGAGCCGCCAGAUUGGGCAACACCUUGAGAUAGAGCCAGAGUGGGAACAAGCAUUCAAUAUCCAAAUGCUUCUAAAAUGUAUUCUGUCCAUGAUUCAGGAGUGGUGUGCAUCUGAUGAACAAGUUCUACUUCAAGCUUACAAGGAGUGCCACCGCGUUUUGUCCCAGUGUUCUAAUGAGUGCAGUCAACGCAAUGCAAGGAAGCAGUACAACACUCUGACUAUGUGUGGUCACUCCAUCAGCUUGAAACGCUAUUUGGUAUCACGAGAGUCUGUCAGUAUUCACCUUCCCUUAUCCAGGCUCCUUGCAGGUUUGCAUGUACACCUAAGCAAGAGUGGGGCAAUUAACAAGCUCGAGGAGCUUGUACCACCAUCGGAAUUUCAUGUAGAAAAACUGAUGGAUUACCCAUUGCGUUGCUUAGUGCUGAUGUCUCAAGUCACGGCUGAAAUGUGGAGAAGAAAUGGAUUUUCCUUAGUAAAUCAGGUGUAUCACUACCAUAAUGUAAGGUGGAGGGAAGAGAUGUUUGACAAAGACAUAAUUAUGUUACAGAUCGCAGCCUCUAUUAUGGAUCCAAAUCGGUUCCUAAUAUUUGUACUCAAUAGAUAUGAGUUAUUUGAAGUUUUUUCUAAGCCUGCAUUUGCUCGAAAUAAGGAUGUAAUCCAACAAACUAAUAUUUUAAUCGACGAAUUACUCCACCUCAUUAUUAUGGUUGUUGGGGAGAGGUAUGUGCCUGGAGUAGGCCAUGUGAUGAAAGAUGAUGUCACUCUAAGAGAGGUGAUCCAUUUACUGUGUAUUGAACCAAUGCCUCACAGUGAACUGGCAAAAUUAUUACCUGAGAAUGAGAACAAUGAAACUGGUCUGGAAAAAGUUAUACAUCAAGUUGCUACAUUUAAAAAACCAGGGUUAACUGGGCAUGGUGUUUAUGAGCUGAAGCCAGAAUGUCUGAAGCACUUCAAUCUGUUUUUCUACCAUUACUACAAGUCACAACAAACGAAGGCUGAGGAAGAGCAGAAAAAAAAGAAAAAACAAACCAACAGCAAUGAAGCUCUUCCACCUCCUGUCCCUCCUCAGUUCUACACAACAUUUGCAAAGGUUACAAACAUUUUGAAAUCUGAUGUUUUUAUGCUGAUCAUCAGAACAGUUCUUCAACGAGCUGUAGAUUCCAUUGGGCAAUUGUGCAAUGAAGCAAUGGUGCAAAAGACCCUUCAUCUCAUCUGCUUAGCUUUGCAAGAAGAACAGAGACAGCUCGAAGGAGUCACUGCAGAGGAGGAUGUGACAUUUGAUGUGUAUCUCAAAGCAACAAGGAUGGUUAGUUCUGCCGUGAAUGCUGAGAGCAUCCUGUCACUCCUGGAGAAACUAAAACAUGUACAUCAAUUAGAUGCCCAGAAGGACAUGAUUACUUAUACCUUACAGAUGUUUGAUGUUGUGAAAAGGCUGAGAGAGAAAUCAAGCCCCAGUUCAGCAGACAUUGACAUCCAAAGGGCAAAUGAGUCCACACAGGACAAAGAUAAGGCUGAGAGAAAACGGAAAGCAGAUGCUGCCAAAUUAUAUCGACAGAAGAUCAUGGCACAGAUGUCUGCAAUGCAGAAAAACUUCAUUGAAUCAAACAAACACCUAUAUGAAAAGGUGACAGAAGUUCAAAAACAAGGAGCAAUCAUAGCUGAGAGUGAAAGCAUUCCUCUGGUGGAAGGUUCUGGUAUAGCGCUGGGACCGAUGCAAGGUGCAACAGCGACCGAGAAAAUAAUACUGACCUGCAUCUUGUGUCAGGAAGAGCAGGAAGUGAAAACAGAUGAAAUGGCCAUGGUACUAGCAGCUUGUGUUCAGAGAUCAACCGCCUUGACGAAAAAUAGGUGUCAAAUCAUAACAAAUAUAGGAGACAAUUACGAUCCAAUCAUUAUGCAUCCUGACCUCAGCUGUGGCACUCAUGUAGGAAGCUGUGGGCAUGUGAUGCAUGCCACCUGCUGGCAAAAAUGUUUUGGAUCUAUGCAGAACUCAACACGCAACCGGGUUCACAUUGAGCUUCCGUUUGGUCUGGAAGAUGGAGAGUUCCUCUGCCCUUUGUGCAAGACUCUUUGUAAUACUGUCAUCCCAGUCAUUCCACUGCAAGCACAUAGUCUAGAUAGCAAAGAUACAGAAACAAUAGCACGUACACUCACAAUAUCUCGCUGGCUAGAAAAUGUCUUAGCAAGAAUUAUGGGAUUGAAUGCUUCGGGCACAAAAGAGGAGGAAACCAGUCUCAUUCAAGUGAACCCAGUUCUGUGGAAAAGUCCUAUGGACUUUAGGUCCAUCCUCAGCUUUGGAGUCCAGUCACCAGUCAAGUAUUCGAAGAGCAUUGUGGAAAUGCUGCAGCUGUUUGCUACCGCUGUGUACCGGGUGGGAUUGAAAGUUGACCCGAAUGAAGCUGAUCCUCGAGUUCCAUUAAUGGCGUGGAGUGCCUGUGCCUUUACAAUUCAAUCCACAGAGAACAUACUUCAUGAAGAGGACAAAGUUUUAUUUGGAUCAUUACCAGACAGACAGGGUAUAAGCUUGAAGGCAGUUCUACAAUUUGCUGCUUCUCAGAGAGUGGUGACCUCAGCCAAAGUUAUCCAGAAGCACCUAACUCGCUUACUGUCUGUUUUUGUGCCCCACUUGGAUGUUGAAGACAAUUGGUCUUUUUUGGAUAUUGACUUCUUCCAUCUCAUGGUAAGUCUAGUCUUAGCAUUUCCUUCAUUGUAUUGGGAAGAGACUGUGGAGCUGCAACCCUCGGAUAUUAGCUGUGCUUUCAACAACCUCUACCUCUUCCAUCUGGUUACCAUGGCACAUAUCGUGCAGAUACUUUUUACCUCAACAACAGACUGUCCCAUGGAGAAGGAAGGAGAGGAAAGUGAGGAGACCCAUUCAGCAGCAGAACUUUAUGAAACUCUUCAAGAAUACACAGGCAGAUGUUUAGAAAGUAAGCCCCAUGGCUGGUACUUGUGGAAUUGUGUGAAGUGUGGCAUCACUCCAUUCCUCCGCUGUUCUGCCUUGUUCUUCAACUACCUGCUUGGUGUGCCACCACCUGGGGAUCUUUCAAAAGAAAACCCCGCUUCGCAGAGAUAUGAUGUUGGAAAUGGAAGCAAUGUUUUCAGUGCUUUUGUGGGUAUCUCAGGAUAUUCAGCCUUGACUUUGAUCCAGAAUGCUGGCAGAGAUGUUAAUGUCAAACAUACUUUUCAGUCCACUGUCAUUUGCAAGCUGGAGGAGUUGAUCUUCUCGUGCUGACAUGGAUGAUUCACCGGGGACAUUCACAAAUGGGUCACGGACCCAUUCUUUUGCACGUCUUGGGUCAUUUGCGGUUGGGAAGUAAUGCUAGAAUUCUGUCGAUAGCAAAGAUAGAUGAUCACGCACCAGCUGUGAGAAGGAUGGUGCAGACUCAGUCUCUCCCAAAAUCCCAGCUAAUGUUGGGAACGUGUCAAAUAUGCCCCUGUCUACUCGCCAUCCCCACAGUUCCAGUUUGGCUUUGAAAGCAGACACUUUAUCUGCCAACUUGAAGACAGUUGUCAUUCUCCCCUGAAGGGACAAAUGGAGUUCAUUGAACAGGUUGAAGAUGUCACACAGAUAAGCAAGUUUGCUAUCCACUCCUCGUCACUGAAGUGUGCUGCCAGUGGUGACUUUUUUCCUGAAAGAAAUCUCUGUAACAGCUCUCUUAAUUCAAAAACCCUGGCCAGGGCUCUCUCCCUUGAAAGCCACCUAACUUCAGUGUGUAAGAGAAGGCAUUUGUGCUCUGUAUCCAGUUCCGCACAAAGCUGCUCAAACAGAUGUGAGUUAAGGGCUUUUGCUUUGAUGUGAUUGAUAACUUCAAUGACGUCACUCAAUACACUGUUAAGAUCAGGUGACAUUUUUCGGCUGGCCAGCAUUUCCCUGUGUAUGACACAGUGUGUAGACUGGCAUUCAGGAGCAACCUCUUUGACUCGGGUAGUGAAAAGACAGCAGUCCAGUCAUAGCUGCAGCCCCGUCUAUGCAUAUUCCGACACAGAAUGAUAACCACAAAGUGCACUGCAGAUGCUGUGGUCAACACAGAAUGACCAAUCCACUUUGCCUGACACGUAGUCAUUCAAAGACUUGAAUAGUUCUGCCCAGUUGUGUUAGUUGGCAGCAGCACUGCACACAACAUAUCCUCGUGCACAUAGUCUUGAAAUAUAUAUUGCACAUAAACCAGCAGAAUUGCCUUGUUGUCAACAUCGGUAGACUUGUCAACCUGGAUAGUAUACCAUGGUGACUCGUUAAGCCAUUCCAACAGCUGUGCUCUGAUGUCCUCCACUAUGUCAUCGAUUCUUCUUGAAAUUGUGGUAGCUGAAAGAGAAACUUGUGUAUCUUGUUAGCUGCAGCUUCUCCCAACAGUUCAUGUCACAUGUCCUUGGCAGCAGGCAGAAUCAAUUUUUCACCAACAGUGAAAGGCUUCUUAGCCUUAGCAAUACAGCUAGCCACUAAGUAUGACAGUCUCAGAGCAGCAGCAUUUGUGGAGAUGGUGGCUAUCAGCACUUGCUUCUGUCCCAUUUGUUCAUGUUUUUUCCGCUCAAAAAAUUCAAUGGGAUUGUCUUUAAGUGCAGGGUGCUUGGACUCAAGGUGCCAAAGCAGUUUUGAGGGCUUCAUUGCCUCAUUAGACAGCUUGUCUUCACAUAUCAUACACAGGGGGCUUGGAGCACGCAAGUAUUAAAACCAUAUUUUAUGUACAAUUCAUCAUAUUUUCUGUUGAAGGAAGCUUUUUUUUGCAGUCUCGGCCUCAGCUGUCUCUGCAUUAUCAUCAUCAUCAGGCCUUUUAUGUCCCCUACCACCUCUUCCAAAAACACUUUCAAGCGACGUUCGUUUUUUUACUCAUUGAGUAGUUGUAGGUUAAUGACAGACUGAUGACCUCGCAUGCAUAAUGGCCUCGCGUGUGUUCAACAGGGAAACAGGGACAGGGAACGAGGAAAGGUACAGCUGAAUCAUAUUGUUUCAUAUCGCCAAAUCAUAUCAUUUCCUCAGUCCGGUGGUUGGGGACCACUGUUUUAGUGAAUAGGAAGUCUAGAUUGUGUAACACUUACGUGAUCAGCUGGUGUAUGACUAGGGGAAGAUUCGUCCACCUGCCAAACUGCGCCUCCUGUAUACAUGGAUGCUGUGAAAUGCACACUAAUACAAAUUCGCACACACCAUGUACGUUUACAGAAUACACUUUAUAAAUCUUACUAGAACUAAGUGAUUAAUAACAAUACAAUAUAUAUGAAAGAAAAGAAAGUAAAGAAAAAGGUGCCAGAACUUAUCAGGGUUCAGUCAAUUAGUGCACAUCAUUGGAGCUCAACCAUUGAUUCUUACUUCCACUCUUCGAUCUUCUCUGACCUCCACGACCCGCGCUCCUGGGACCACCCUUGGUGAUCAACCAGCAGCGCCUCCAGCACACGCCCACCUUCCUUGCGGUCUCCUUCCUGACUCCCCAAAAGUCCCGCACAAUAACAGCUCACAGAUCCACAAGAGAAAAUAACAUCUAUCCCAAUUGGUUAACAAAUGAAUGCAAUUCUCGUUAUCAGUAACUAUAACCCCAAACAAGCUUCAAGAGAGCUCUGCAAGAAAAAGCACUCUCUCACCAGUUAGCAUAACAAAGAAACAUUUUUACUUUUAACAAACAAAGAAGCCAUUUUGAUUAACAUACAUUUAUGUAAGAAAAAAGAAAGGGCAAAAACACACACAAAAUCCCAAUCUGAAAGCGAAGUGUAACACCCUGAGAAAGGUUUCACUGCUAAUCUAAUGGUCUUUCUGUAGAAGCAGUGUUUGGAUUGUGGUAGAGAUAACGGGUGCUUUGGAAUGUGAGCCUUCCAGUGAGGGAAGAUAAAGAGAGACGACACUGGAGAGAACUGGUUGUAGGAUGGGGAACAUGAUUCAAUGGAGCAAGGUGUCAGGGUCGACUGAGUAUCGGUGAAUAUGUAUGACGUUUGGAAGAGUUGAGCUCCAACUUGAGCAUAUUUGACUGUUUAAUUAUAAUGGGCCAUUUUUUGUAUUCUUUCUUCACUA